GGCGACUCCGAUGCGUUCGACCCAGCCGCAAUCUCAAAGCAUCGUUGGUACAAACAUGUUCAACCAGAUGGAAAGGCAGAGUCCACACUACACGCAUCCCAACUACCUUGGCGACAAUCGUCUGCCUCCAGGAACUAUCCUCUCGCCGACUAGGCACCUGAGGAAUGCCGAGCCACGUCCGCUAGUGCCUGCUGAUCCACGCCUCAAUGCUCGUCACGUUGCUGAUGCUGGUCAGGCCUUACGCCAGCUCGUGUCGAGAGGCUUUGGCUCGGGUUUCCUGAAGAAGCUCGCGUGCGUAGGACAAGGGUGCCAUGGGAUCGAAGCCGCUGAGUCCGCAGGACAGCACAGCGUGCCGCAACAUCACACCGGGAUUGGAUACGGUCGCGACACUGGUCCUCUCUCGCCGCCCCGGCGUCAUGUGAUAGACAUGGCGCAAGUGGACAUGCCCCUGCGCGGCGCAGCACGGCAGAAUCUCUCUCCCUCCAGACAACAAAAGAUCUUGGGCAGUAGCUCGAGCAGUGCUGCGCACCAUGCUCACACUGGUGACACCACCGCAGUGGAUCAGCCGCUGGGCAGUGUGCCGUGGUUCGCUCUCUCAAAGACGAAGCAGGACCAAAUCUUGUACCCUGGUUCAAAGGGAGGCGGGACGGAGACGGGCUCCAAAGGUCUGAAGUCCGCUCUGAAACCUUCCGGCUCGUCUCGAGAGGGAAAAAGGGUCAGAUUCAGUCUUGAUAAGGCGAAACGUGCUGACGGGCCGUCCAAAAUUGCCCGUAGCCCAACUCCUUAUCCGGAAGAGUUCCACGACCUGGUGUGAUGGUGCUGGAUGCAGGUCGCUGUGCCCAGGUCGCGCUUCAGCACUCUUCAGGGCGGUGUUGCAGCUCGUCGAGGAGCUUGGUGAUUCAGGCUCUGGUCUUGAAUUACACGUGUAUCUGCGGCCGAGGCGGAUGAUUGAAUGCUCAAGCAGAGAUCAAGGUCCAUCUUGCGCGCGUGAGGCAGCAGUAGUAACACAGUCGAUGAGCACGCACGACAGACCUUCAAAGCGAAUUCAAAUGUGCCUUUG